ACGAAUCUUACGCGGAGAAAAAUAGAGCGAGGGAGAGAAAAACCCAAACUCAUUGGUGGCUCUGAUAUCCCUCCCAUGUGCUUGCUGCCCUCUGCGUCUUAAGAAACUGAUACAAUACAAGGAUUAGUUUUGUUGGGAUUUCAUUUUGAGGAUCGAUGGCUGCACCGCCGGUGAGAGCUCGAGCAGAUUAUGAUUACCUCAUUAAGCUUCUCCUGAUUGGGGAUAGCGGUGUGGGGAAGAGUUGCCUGCUUCUGCGCUUCUCUGAUGGAUCCUUUACCACCAGUUUUAUUACCACUAUUGGUAUUGAUUUUAAGAUAAGAACCAUUGAACUUGAUGGGAAACGAAUCAAAUUGCAAAUUUGGGAUACAGCUGGUCAGGAACGCUUUCGAACUAUAACAACAGCUUAUUAUCGUGGAGCCAUGGGGAUUUUACUGGUCUAUGAUGUCACAGAUGAGUCAUCGUUCAAUAGUAACUUCUCAACUCCUUUAGCCUUAAAUAACAUUCCAGCAUCAUUUUUGUCUUAUGAUAACUUGUAAAAUUCUUCAUGAUUUAAUGGACUGAUAUACCUUUCUUGGAUUCUUUUUCAUUACUUGUAUACUUGAUUCCUUGGAUGGGGUUAGCCAUUUUCUUUGUGAUUCCCAUCCCCUCUUUCAUCAAGGUUGAAUGUGUAUGCCUCAUUGGAAUGGUGUUUCUUGUGUAUUUGGUAAGGCCUACUGUGAUGAUCUACAACACUUGCAAGUUCAAUUGAGCUACUUUCUCUUUGUUUACAGAUAUUAGGAACUGGAUUCGCAAUAUUGAACAGCAUGCUUCUGAUAACGUCAACAAGAUACUAGUGGGGAACAAGGCUGACAUGGAUGAAAGCAAAAGGGCUGUUCCCACCUCCAAGGGUCAAGCUCUUGCUAAUGAGUAUGGUAUCAAGUUCUUUGAAACUAGUGCAAAGACAAAUUUGAAUGUGGAAGAGGUUUUCUUUUCAAUAGCCAGGGACAUUAAGCAAAGGCUCGCUGAAUCUGAUAAUAAAGUUGAGCCCCAAUCUGCAAUCAACAUUAAUCAAUCAGGCCAAGCAGCAACUGGUAGCGAAGCCACCCAGAAGUCAGCUUGCUGUGGCUCGUAAAGGGAAUAAAAACUAUGCACAAUGGGAAGCAACCUUGAGCUAUUGGCGGUCAUUCAGGUGUAAAACUGAUGAAAAUGACUCUGUAUUUAUGGCUGUGUUUAUAUUUUAACUACCGGGCUUAUUCUGUGAAGGGCAGUCCUUUCUUCACUAAAUUUGUCGUAUUUAAGACAUGACAUUUAUCCCUUCUGAAACUUAGUUAACUCUAAUCAUGUACUUGUUGUUUUAUAUAGAUAGCUAUUCCAAAUGCAGCUUGUUUUACCCCUUUUGUUUUAUUUU